AUGUUCUCAAACUUUCUUUUCUACUUCUUCCUUCUCUACCUUGUUUCUCCAUCGUUUCCGAUUCAAUGCCAUCAAUGUGGUGGCCAGGAGAGAAUGGGAAAACUGACUAAAAAGAUGUUCACCGAGUUGAACAUUUCUCCGGAUAAAUAUUAUGGAAACUGCAAGGCAAAGUCUGGAUCCGAUGUCUGUACCAAUGGAACUUUCUGUAUCAAAAGAGCCAAGGUCUACAGAAUCGGAUUCAACAGUUUGAACUACAAAUGGACGUCGUACACCAAGGGAUGUGCCAGCGUUCGUGAGGAUAACGGACAGAAUAUAACCAAUGGAUGCUUCGAUUUGAAUCAGGACACCACUAAAGUCGGAUACACCACUAAACGUCUCGAUUGCUACUGCGAUACUGAUUUCUGUAAUACCGCCUCCUACUACGCCACUGCGUCCAUUAUCCUUCUAGUGAUCUUCUGGCACACUGCAUCUCACUAA